AUGUAUUUGAACGUAAACUCAACCGUUCAUCCUUUUAUCUACUGUUUCACUUCCAGUGUCACCUACAUAACCUCUGCUGAUGCACGCAUGUGGAAGGAGAGAUUUCAUCGAGAGAGUGAAGUACCGUCACCGGUCAUUAAUCGUUUAUCACCAAAAAUAUUUCCAAAAUUCUACCGUAGCCCAUAUAUGUCUCGAAAGGAGUCCUUGAAAGACACCGAUGAUACUGAACCACCAUCGGAAUCGUCUGAAAUUGCCAUUGUUCAAUCACCAUCACAGAUGUCCGAGGCACCAACAAAGGAAGAGGAGGCGAUAGUGAAGGCGGAAGAGCAACGGGAGGCAAAAGGCGAACAAGAAACGCCAAAAGUUGAGCUGUCUUCGGAUCAUGCCGUUCUCGAUAGCUUUGUGCAUGAAAUGCUCCAGGCUUAUAAACAGGUUCUGCAAAAAUAA